GUGAAAAACAUGUCUACAGCUGUGUAGUUAUGACUUAACACAAGAAUAAGGACCAUGGAUUACACAGUUCAGGAAGCAGACAUUUUGGUGACUGGCUCUGCAUCCUGUGCUUAUUUAAUAAACUGGAGUGUGGUAGUCACAGUCAGUAUCAUUCUGUGAACCAUGUGGCUGUCUGAGAUCCAAUUCCUUGAUCUGACAAAUGCUGAUGAAGAAGAAUGUAAUUUCCUCCAAACUACACUUUUCACGUGGAAUCCAAACUUAAAUUAUCCAGAAUUCCCAUGGGGGGGACAGUCUGAUCCUGCGUGCACUCGUGCAGAAUGGAGACCUGCUUCUUAUGCUGUGGCCCCCAUCCCCCACCCCACUCUCAGGGGUGUCUUCCUUCCCCCACCACUGUAUGCCCCAGCAGCUCCAGCUCUGGGUCUAGUGUCUACGGUUACAGGACCAGGGGAACCCAUAGAUAGUCCCAGUGAAGUGACUGCAGUAUUGGAAGGGGGUGAUGGUGAUUCUGCAGCUACACAGAACUCUCCUUCCCCUGCAGCCCCACGGAUUGGCGAUGUCUCCCAGGAUCCUCAAAAUUUGGGUGGUCCAGGUUCAAUGUAUACUGACCCUUCUGUUAUGUCAGUACCUACAUCAGUCCCAGCACCAGUUCCACCAUCAGUGAUGACAACAAUGUAUCAUCAUCAGAUUGUGUCUGGUUUGCCCCUCUCCAAUGUGUAUGUUGGGAAUGUAACAGCCAAUGUGAAUGUACAUGGCUACAUGAGUGCAUAUCCACAUAUAUCCCCACAACAAGUGUACCCAUCUGAGGUUUCUCAGGAGUCUCCUAAUCCUGUCAGGAAUGGGGGUCGAGAAGCACGGCGUGGUCGUUCAAAUAAGCCAAGUGGCAAACGUGUGGAUGGUCAGUAUGGGGACAGGAACUCUUCUGGCAGGCAUUCUCAGGAAGUUUUGCAGGUGCAACAAUCUCCACUGGUGGAUUCACCUCCAGGAAAUUCAAACUUACCACAACAAGGUUUUACCCAAUUUUUUCCCAUCAAUCCAAUGCAUCCAUAUCAGCCACCAUAUUAUAGUCCUUCAACUCCCACUCAUCCUGCGCCACAUCUCCCCCACCCAUCAGCCCAACAUGCAACUGGAACUCCCAUUUAUCUGCCUAGUCAUGCAAUAUACCCAGCAGCAAUGUAUGGAACAUACCCACCACACCAACAGCCACCUGGGGGUCCCCCCAUCAUGUCCUUUGCAGCUUUGCCAACUACCCCAGUGCCUACCACAGAGACCUCUAUGCUUGGCGCUUUCCAAGCAGAAGGCAGUAACACUGAAGAACAAAUGACAGCCCCAACCAGAAACAAAGAGAUUGAACUUGGAGAAGCACAUAUGCAUCGACAAAAGUUGUCUCCGUCUUCUGUGCGUGGCACAAUGUUUCAGCCACAGCAACUACCAGAAGCGUGUCCUCCAUCAGAAGUACUGGCAAGUAGUGCACACAGCAACACAAAGCCUGUAAGUUACCAGCAGCAGCAGAGUGAGGAAGAAGACUUUAACCAGACAGACUUAGUGAAUACUGUAGUUGUAAAUAAUAGCAACAUUGUAACAGAACCCCCACCAUUCGUUGAUCCCAAACAAAGUGGUGAUGUAGAUUCAAUAAAUAGGAACUUGCCACAUUCAACGGGUCAUAACAGUUUCAUCAAAAACGAUCUGCCACCUGAAUUUGUGCCAGAAAAAGUUACAGUUUCAAGUCAUGAUGUUUUUGUUGACAGUAAUGUAUCAUUUAUUCCGGCAUCCAGGAUAAAUGUUAGUGAGAUGAGUGCUAAUGAAAGUGUAGUAGUGAGUGAUUCAGAUUCAAAGAGAGAGACAGCAGUCGUUAGUGACGUUAAUCUUCCCUCAUCUGUGGAAAAGUGUCAUAUUACAGAUGUAAAAUCUCCUUUACCUCAUGUUGAUGUUGUUAUGUCACCAGUAACGGCUCCAAAAUCAACACAUGGACUACUAGUAGACAGUGUUGCAGCAUCCUUUCCUAGCAGCCCCCAACCUGUAAGUACUUCCAUUGAUGUACAUCAGGAUAGUGGACAAAGCAUAACAGCACUACCUCCAUCUAGUCAUCCCAUUGAUGUGCCAAGCACUGCAGUGGUGACGACUAGUCAGAAAUCGUGGGCAAGUUUGUUCAAGCCAAGUACCACAAUUGAUGGAGGAAUGAUGAUGACUACAGGAUCUCCAGCCAAUAGGACUUCACCUGGCAACAAGCCCCUAGCAUGUGUAAGACCAUUCCAGAAUGCCGUUCCUGUUACUACUGAUGGCUCUAACAGGGUUUCUGAGGGAUCUUCAGCAUUGCAGUCAGUGUCACCUGCUGUAAGUCCUGGAGUCAGCACUGCAUGUGGGGACAAUGUUAACAGUUACCCCCAGUUGCCUUCUCCGUCUUCAACUGAUGACCCACAUCUGUACCAACUAGGAGAACUUCUGUUGAAGUACCAGCUGGAACACAGGGCUCUCAGCCUUCAGCCUCGUGGUUUGACAAAUAAAAGCAAUUGGUGUUACAUCAACUCGACACUUCAAGCACUCUUGGCAUGCCCACCCUUCUACAAUCUCAUGAAGGCUUUAUCGUUGCCCUCAAGGCGUUCUGGCAAAUCAAGUACGCCCAUCAUUGACAGCAUGGUCCAGUUUGUCAAUGAAUUUGUGCCUCUGUCCCCAACAUCUCGUCUAAAGGAUCGUAAAGAGAAGGCUCUGCGCAAGGAUGAUGGCAGUAUUGAAGUUCAGUGUGGAGCCCCAUUUGAGCCUAGUUACAUCUACAAGAUGUUGAACAGUAUUCGAAGUGACACCUUUAAAGUAGAAGGAAGGCAAGAAGAUGCCGAGGAGUUCCUUGGAUGUCUCCUGAAUGCACUUAACGAUGAAAUGCUUGAGCUCAUCAAACUUGUAGAAGAACCGUCAGUAAAAUCAACUCUCAGCAAUGGUGAUAUUGCUACGAAUGGUGAUACUUCAGCUCAAAGUCUGGACGAAGAUGACACAGAGUGGACGGUAAUGGGUCGAAAGAACAAAGGCUCAAUCACUCGUCGUGCUGACUUUGGUCGGACACCAAUUUCUGAUAUCUUCAGGGGUCACUUGCGGUCAAGAGUCCAGCGAGCAGGUGAUCAAUCUACAGAUAAUGUGCAGCCAUUCUUCACAUUACAACUGGAUAUCGAGAAAGCGCAGUCAGUCAAGGAUGCUCUGGAGAUUCUUGUUGGCCGUGACCAGCUGGAAGGAGUUACAUGCUCACGCACUAAUCAGGAAAUAGAAGCAUGGCAACAAGUAACAUUAGAAGAACUGCCAUUAGUGCUUCUUUUGCACCUGAAGUGGUUUGAUUACAAACUGGAUGGAGCAUCCAAGAUAGUCAAGUGUGUGGAAUUUCCGAUUGACCUUAAAGUGGACCCAAAGCUCCUGUCCUCCAACAAGAAGUAUGGAGUGAAGCAGAGGCAGUAUAAGUUAUUUGCAGUCGUUUACCAUGAUGGAAAAGAAGCCACAAAAGGACAUUAUAUAACGGAUGUUUUUCAUGUGGGAUAUGGAGGUUGGGUGCGAUAUGACGACAGUGUAGUGAAGGCAGUGCAGGAGAGUAAUGUUCUGCGCCCACGAGGACCCCGGGUCCCAUACUUACUAUACUAUCGCCGCUGUGACACAAUUGGAAAUAUUUCACCUGCCCUUGACAAAACAAGAUAAGUUUUGUGCUUUCUCAUCUGAACUUGGAACAUUAAAUGUCAAAAUAUGGUGAGUGGUCGAUCAAAGUUAUCAGUGAAUUUCUGGUUCACAUUGAACAUUUGAAAUGUAGUUACACCACUUAAUUUCAAGAUGCUUGAACAUCAUGUAGAAUUUUGGUGAAUAGUUUGUAUAUUCUUGUAAUAUCUGAAGGCAAUAAUCAGUGAGCUGGAAGGCUGACAAUUUGUAUGUUGUGCUUCAAUGGCCAAUCCUUUGUAAGUAUGUAGUGUCCUUUAGAAUUUCUUACGAUUGUGUGUGACAUACGUUUUCUUGACUAGUGGUCAUUUGUGAUUAAAAAGUACAGAGAUAAUGUAAGAGUUGUGACAAAUAUUGACAGUAUUUUUGAUGGAAAUUUAACGUUUUUUAUUUACAACUUGAUGUUCAGUGGAGUAAGUGAGGAUAAUAGUGUAGUAAAGUUUUUUCAAGCUCUAUAGUUAAAAAAACUGUUCUGUUACUUUAUGGUGACUUGGCCAUUGCAAAAGGGUAGGAAACAAAAGAAUAAUUGGGGAAGGUAAAAUAUGAAGUGCAGGUGUUGGUAGCAGGAGAGGAGGCAGUGUAGAGUAGG